UCUGGAGUUAAAAUGUAUGGAUAAAGCAAUUCUCAAAAGCCACACAAUUUCAUAUUUCAUUUUUUUUUCAUUUUCAUAUGAAGUUGAAUGAAAAUACAAUCCUUAUUGGUGAACAUGUUGUGUUGGUGCCUUAUAAACCUGAGCAUGUGCCCACAUAUCAUGAAUGGAUGAAGUCUCCCUUUCUUCAAGAAAUGACAGCUUCUGAGCCCUUAACACUCGAACAAGAAUAUGAAAUGCAACAGUCAUGGCAUCAAGACCCAGAAAAACUCACAUUCAUUGUGACAAGUCUACCUCUUCAUUCAAACAAACAACUCAAAGAUAUGUCUGAAGCUGAUAUAAAAAAAGAAACAGUCAUGAUUGGUGAUGUGAAUAUAUUUUUAAAUGAUCCUGAUAAUGACCCAACCUUUGGUGAGAUUGAGCUUAUGAUUGCAGAACCCGACUAUAGAAGAAAUGGCAAAGGAAAAGAAGCUCUUCAAAUGAUGAUGGCUUAUGCCACUGAAAUGAUGGGACUCAAGACAUUUCAUGCAAAAAUCUCACUCAAGAAUGAACCCAGCAUCAAUCUAUUCCAAUCAAAAUUCGGAUUCUAUCAAGUCUCUAUCUCUACAGUAUUUGAAGAAACUACACUGGAAUGGUCUUUACUUGAAUCUUCUUUGCCUAAAGUAGACGAAGAUGGCAAUGAAAUCGAAAGUUAUGGCUCAAAAGCAACACCAGAACAACGUGAGCGCGUGCAACAAGUGUAUCAUGCAUUAGUCAUGAUGUGGCAGCAUGUCAGAAUAAGCCAAUAUGUUUAUUAGUCAUAAAUUUACC